GACGGUCUGAUCCCCCCCAUCUGCAUCAGCGCUUCAGCAGUCCAACUGACUCCAAUAGACUAAAGUUCUCCACUGGUUAUCUGCUGAUUACGCUCCCGCUUCAACGGUACCGCUUGAGUAUUUAAAUGGCUGUUCUUCCCUCUCUCUCUCUCCUACUCCAUGUCCUCCAGCGAAGAUCCCGGAUCCUCUUCUCCAAUCCAUACUGUUCAUAUCCGCCAAAAGCAUCAAGUCCAGCUUCGUCUGAUUCCCAAAUGGCUGUAUAUCCUCACCACCCGCGUAGUGUUUCUCGUCGGAUUGUCAGUCAUUGCACGUAGCCUUUCGCAGAUGCUCACACAUGUGAAACUGGAGACCAAGUCGUUGAUGUGGAACCGCAACCAAGCGCUGUAUCAAAAUCAGAGCCUAGAGGCAAUCAUAGAUCGGAGUCAGGUCGUUCAGCCGCUCAUAAGGGAGAAUCAGCUCUUCGAUAUUGGCGUGACGAUUUGGGCUCGGGCAUCUAAGGAGGAAGAAACGGAGUGGAAGGAACGCUUAGGGAAGGACGCGUUGAAAAGGCAUACUACGCACCCAUUCCCCACUGGCGGAGGUCCUUUUGAGUUAGUCAGGCUCGGCUAUUCCAAUGAUUGGGACAUUCUAUUCUCUAAAUCCGAGUUCCGGAAACAACUAUGGCCUUUUGAUAAUGGGCUCUUCAAGAUCAUUCACUCUGAUGUUGCUUUUCGACAACUCCGUAUCUCGGAUGUCAAACAUUCUACAAUCAAUUUCUCUGUUCCUUCAGAAUAUUUUCGAGAUUGGGAGGAGGGGGAAGGGUUGCAAGCUGCUUUUACGAUCCUACCGACAAACCCUUCUCCUUUGAAUCACGUUCGAUCCUUCUCAAGCUGGAUCCAUGCAGACGGUAUAACUCCUAAGCGUGCAUGGCCUUUCCCGAUGGGUUCACUAACGACCUCGAACAAAACCAUCACAGAUGAAGCCACCGAUCUCUUAUCAUUCGUUAUGCCGUUAAUUCGAUUGUUUGAGACACCUAAUCCUUGUCUUAACGCGAGUGAAUCCUCUGCAACAUCCCUAUCACCCUUUUCUGCAAUUCCGUAUGUCACUUCUCGCACACAUAUACGUAUACUCAAAGAGUUCGAGAUUAUGAAUUUUGCCUUGUUCAAUGAAUCCCAUGACGCUCUCAAGGCCCAAGAGUGCGGGAAAUUCGAGGAGCCACCCAAGCCGGGCUUGCGUUUCUUCCAAGGAGACCCUGGGUCUAUGUGGGUCACAACCUGCCGUCGCGAUUAUUAUAAUACCGGAAUACUCGAGACUUUAUUCGAACUUGGAGUUCCUCUCGACAAUGGCCUAAAUCGUACUGAGUGGGCUUAUGCGCCUUAUAUGGAGGCCAGUCAAUAUGGUCUCGGUCCUAAAGAUUUUACCCCUCUUCCAGUAGAGUUAAAAUGCAACAUCACUUCAAAUAACAGUUCGAAAUUGAAUGCAUGGAACACGAAUGUAAUCUUUGUUAAUACUUCCGCGUUGUUGAACAUGAGCUGGCACCUCACGUAUUCGGGAGUUUCCGUGUUGGAAAGAACGAUAGCAGAUUCGUUACAUUCAUUUACUAUUCCUGAAAACGGGCCUAGUGCGGAAAGUGAUUAUGAACGAGUAAAGACUCAAGACUGGAUUGAGCAGCGAAACAGUCUCUUCGGUGUACAUAGAGAAAGCAGCUCGUAUCCGGGUCGACGACUGGUUCUCACAGCCUUAUCCAUGACGUUCUCAAUUAUAGCUGGUGCAUUCGAUGCACUGUACUGGUACACCCGAAGCGGUACAACUUUUAUCUCUCAACCAGGAACGGUUCUACUUGCCUUGGCCAAUGUUGUCGAUUGUGAAUUCAUCAUUCAUGGACAAGCCGCCUGGUCAGAAUACCGGCAGCUACUCCCGAGCGAUAAUUGGCACUGGAAACCCUAUCAAGGAAAUCAAAGGUCUCAGCGCUUGCGCUCGCUGCUCAGGAUUUCGCGAUUUAUCUUCGUCGUAUUUCUUCCACUGCAAACUAUAUGGAUGCUAAUGACGGUAGCGAGAAUCGAGUUGAUAUGGCCUUCGGGAUCGGAAGAGACAUUUUUGAGAAGGACUCUUCCUACUAUACGAAGGAUGCAUCCUAAUCAUCGCGAGCGGGCUACUGAACGGCUAGAAAGGAGUCUUGUACAGGGGAAAUACCGUGUAGCGAUCGUUCUAGGACUUUUUUUGACAUAUCAUUUCAUGCUUCCUCAUGUUCCUCAAAUUCUCGAUCCGUUACAUCCAGAACCCGAUUCUUCCAUCCUUGAAGCAAGAAUGCUUUACAAGGACAUGGUCAUGAAGCAGAGCAUCGUCGAUCCACUUUUCAUCUCUGGCAGUCUUUUCUAACUUCUUUCAAAUAACUCUUCAGGAUUUUUCGCCGGGACGUACAGGAUAGCAGCUAUCUUCAAAAUGGUGUCGGUGGCACUCGAUAUACUGCAACUUGUGCCGUGGAUUGUUGGGCUACCUGAAUCACGAGGGGGCGCGGACGCAGCGUUUGUCAUUUAUGCUAUGUUCGUUAUGGUAAAAGGGUGGCAAGCUUCAACACUUCCUAAGGCGAUGAUAGAUGACAGUGAUCAGGAUGAAGA